CAGUCGAAGAGGAGCAACUCCAGCAGUGUGUUCUCUGGUCACCCUCUCGGCAAGAUGGCUUACGACUACUAUGGAUUCUCUAGAGUGAAAAGCAGUGCAAGAGAAGGCACAGACGAAGUGGCUCUGAACAAUCCAGCUGAUAUCUCUGUUAUUGUGGUUUACUUUAUAGUCGUCUUAGGUGUUGGAAUAUGGGUGAGUUGUUCAAUCUUUUUACUGAUUAUUGUUAAAUCCCCUUGUCCUGUAAAUGGCCUACUUCUCGCCGUUUGUAUAUCUGAAAAUUAAAUAAAUAAUUGUUACAGCAGCUUUGAGCGCCUUUACAGAGGAAUUUAAGAGCAAAUAAGAGAGACUGUUAUCGUGCCAUUAUAGCUGGUUACUCAAUAAUCUGGCUCACACUUCCUUUAUGGCAGAUCAGAGUACCUUUUAAAUCUGAAAAUUUUUAUCUAUGUUAAUUCUUUUAUGAGAAGUACAAUAAUUUAACUUUUAUUUGCAGCGAAUUUGUUUUGGUUUUUAACUUUUUAUUAAUUUAUGAUGUAAAAUAAAAUGUAACCACGAGAAAAUAAACAGAGUUUCUUAACUAACUCAAGAGUUUGUGAGAGUUUUGCGCAAACCCAUCUUCUGGUUUUCUAAAAUGUUCUCUUCUGAUGUGUCAGGCUAUGGUAAGGACCAACAGAUCCACAGUCGGUGGCUUCUUCCUGGCUGGGAGGAGUAUGGUGUGGUGGCCGGUGAGUGUCUUGCUCUUCAAAAUAAGUCAAAAAGUCUGAAAAGUAAAUGAUGAGAUUGCCUUAUUCUUCUAGUCAAGCAGGAUUGAUUAAUAAUGAGAAACUUACUGGGUGCAGAAACAAAAGCUGGCUGUAAACUUUUAAUCGUUAAAUAUAAAUAAUGCUUGUUAUCAUUAAUAAUGCUUUGGAUCACCGACAGCACAUUGUGCAACAUCAGGUUUAGUUUAAGUUAAUUAGUGUAUUGAUGCAUUUUUGAACAUCUUUUUUUUUUUAAAUUAGUUUUAAAGCUGGAGUCAACAGCUCAGCACAUCUGCUAGAAUUUUCAGAAUCGGUCCAGGGAUCAGACCAAGCGUUAUUAGGCAGCAUAAUAUAAAAUAUAAUAAAUGGAACGGGUGCAGAACAUGAAAACCUUUUCCCAACUCUGCAUUAUCACCUUCAAAGUGCACUAAAGUUCAGGAGAGUCAGAGUUUUCUUAAAGAUGAAACGGUAUCUCAAUUUCAAUCUAGAAACGUCAGGUAUUAGAGAUUUCUACUCCAAAUCACUUUGUCAUCAUCGCCCAAAAAACAUUUUUUGUUCGAUAAUACACUCUGUGACAAUUGUGAAAAACAAUGCAUUGAUGCUAUAAAUGAAUCUGACACUACUCUCCACAGAUUGGAGCUUCACUGUUUGCCAGCAACAUUGGCAGUGGCCACUUUGUAGGGAUUGCAGGGACUGCUGCAGCUGCAGGACUCGCCACUGGUGGAUUUGAAUGGAAUGUAAGUCAUCUAUGUUGAUGGACUAAUUUCACCACAAUCGCUUUUACACAGUUUUACAUUUGACCUGUGUCACAGAUACAGUCACUUAUCUCUGUAAGGUGAACUGAUAAGUCUAUAGGUCAUGGAUGGAUGGAAAAGACAGCAUGGUGGAUAAAGUAGCAGCAUGAUUAAGUCAUAGUUUCAUUGGCAUUUGCUUUAUUUUUCUAUGUGUUUUGUGUGUUUCAGGCUCUUGUGGUGGUUGUCAUCCUGGGAUGGCUCUUUGUGCCAAUCUACAUAAAAGCAGGGGUAAGAAAAGACACAGGCUGCGACACUGAAAAUAUUAAACAUUUCAGUCUCUGUAUGUUAAAACUCUCUCAAUAAAACUGUGUAUUAAACUAAUAUUGUCGAAAAUUACCCUGUGAGGUUUUGUUGUGUAAUUUAAUAGGCAAAAGAUCAAGUACGUGUUGCCCUUCAGGUUUAACUUUUCCAUUACUGAGCAAUGAACAAGUAGCAGUCGGGCCUCUAAAAGUGACAUGAUUAGAGGAUAAAAGCCAUGAAAAUAAAUAAAUAAAAAUCUAAUGUUUGUGGAUAUGUGUAGGUGGUGACUAUGCCUGAAUACUUGAAGAAGAGGUUUGGAGGCCAGCGCAUUCGCAUGUACCUCUCUGUGCUGUCCCUCUUCCUGUAUGUGUUCACCAAGAUCUCAGUAAGUCACGACACAUUCAAACCCUCAUGAAUGGAGAUUAUUUCAGCAUCAUGCUAGAACUUCACUUCAUUUAUCUGACUGAUGUGUUUUCUGAUCCCCUCUCCACUCAGGCAGACAUGUUCUCUGGUGCCAUCUUUAUCAACCAGGCUCUUGGGCUGAAUAUCUACCUGGCUGUUAUCCUGCUACUAUUGAUUACAGCGUUGUACACUGUCACAGGUCUGUCCACUUAUGGUGGAUUUACUUCCUUUUCCACUGAGAGCACACAUCUCUCAUAAACCAGAAGUCUUAUCUUAUUUUUUUACAGUAUGAAUGGCAUCGUGACUGGGGGUAAAGUCUUCCCCAGACCAUAUGUAGACAUGGCUAGUUUAUCUGCCGUAUGUUGUUGUGGUUAAUUACCCAUAAACUGCGAUAAGCAGGAAAUGGCCUUCUGUUGCUGUUUUGUAAUGUUGCUUACACCUGAACUUUAGCUUUGCUUGAGAAGUGGAAGACCAUUUACAUAAGCUCAGAAAACACAGAUUACAACAUUAAAUGUGAUCUGCAAAAGUGAAGAUAAAAUAUGUUUUAAAAAUAGUACAUUUGAGAGGAAAUGUAUGAUAUAUAACGAAUAAUAACAUAACAUGCGAUACCUUAGGUGGCUUGGCAGCAGUGAUCUACACGGACACCUUACAGACCGUCAUCAUGGUUGUUGGAUCAUUCAUCCUCAUGGGCUUUGGUAAUAUGGUAUUUCUCUUUUCUAUCCUUUAAUUUAUUAGCUUUAUCCAUCACCUCUAGAUCCUGUUGUUUGUAUAUUUGUUGGUUUAUUUGUUUCUGUAUUUAUUUAUGCAUUUGUUUGUUUACUUAUUCAUUAUAAGAUAUGAAUUACGAGUAUGUAAAUGUGGCACACUGUAACCAAUGACUAAUGUCCAUCUGUUGUCCAUCUUAUUGGUGGUACACAUAAAAAUGUACCUCAAGCAUGAAAUACUUUUGUUUUUCAUACAUAAAACUAGACAAUAAGCAGGGACCAAACAGCGUUAAGUAAAACUUUGCAAAGGCUCACAUUAAACGAUAUGAGACAAACCAGGGUUUGGCAAACGUGAAAGGUACAGUGCCAAAGUGUUGAAGUGCUGGUGUAACGCACAUAAUGGUGAGGAUGCUUGUGUUAAAAAAGACCUUUGCCCCAAGCCUGUUAAUUAGCUGUGUAAUAACGUUGAUGAAGACGUAAUUUGAUUGGACUGGACUAGAGGCAAUCUAUGAGCGCUGAUAGGGAGUUCUGGGUAACAGCACUGAGAGUUGUAACCAUGUUUAUGGCUCUGCUGUUGGUCAUCUGAAUAGAAUUAAUGUUUCAGCAAAUAGUCCUUAUUGGGGCAGAUUAAUUACACAGGCCAGCAAAGCAACUGUAAAAGGACACGAAAACAGGUCUUUCUAUAGCCGAGCUGCAUGUAGAUAAUCUCUGAGGGGACAUAAUGAAAGUCAUCUAUUAAACACAGCAGCAUACUUUGUGGUCUGAAAUUUCCAGAGUAACUGUAACUUGUAUGUCUUAUUUCAAGCUUUUGAUAGGGUGGAAGGCUAUGAGAACUUCCAGCGGCUCUAUAUGCAGGCCGUCCCCUCCCUCACAGGAAACGUCUCUGCAAACUGCUACGAGCCUCGGGCAGACUCCUUCCAUCUUUUCAGAGACGCGAUCACUGGUGACCUGCCGUGGCCUGGCCUCAUAUUCGGACUCACCAUUCAAGCUACUUGGUACUGGUGCACAGAUCAGGUCAGUUAAGCAAUUUGGAGGCACUGUCAGGAAUACUGCUGUCAGUGGAUUUUGAGGAUACUUCAUUAGCAUUAGUUCAGUGGCUGGCGUAGUACAGACCAGCAAUUUAACCCACUCACACAUAGUAAGAACUCAGCUGAUUGAUAACCUCUGGUUUGCAAACACAUUUACGCUCCUUUAUCUUGUCUGUUUUCACCUUAGUCACUCAAGCGUAUUCAAGAGCAUCUGAGGACGACCAUGCUCAGACUCAGACCUUAAUGUGACCUUAUGCCUGUUCAAUGAAAAGAAAGGUUGACUUAUCUGGAUGUGUCGUUAUUGUCUUUGGCUUCAGUGUUGUGUUGUUAAGAUACACCAGAUAAAGAAACUAUACCUCCAAAUUAAAAGUUCCAAUCCAACCGUAGCUUACUUUUAUCCAUUUUUCUACCACUGACCUUUUCGAAUUUGUUCUUUUUGUAUUUUAGGUGAUUGUUCAGCGCUGCCUCUCAGCUAAGAAUCUCUCCCACGUUAAAGCAGGCUGUAUCUUAUGUGGCUACCUGAAGCUUCUGCCGAUGUUCCUUAUGGUUUUCCCUGGGAUGAUUAGCAGGAUCCUCUAUACUGGUGAGUGUGUUUCUGGUUUUACUCACCUGGGACAGAUGGUUUAAGAUAUGUUGGUUUCUCAGCCAGAUUGGGGACGUACUGGUGGCCUGGUGGUUUUCAUGGAAUCUGUAAAAGAUUGUGGCAUUGCUAAUAGAAACGAUCCAUUAUGACCAGAACAAGCACUCAAACAGGCAAUUAUUAUAGUGUUUUUGCAAGUAUAGUUACUUUUAGUUUGACGUAUUGAAAUGCUGUUUGGGUGAGCGUUACACUUACUGUAAAUAUCAUGAAGAGUAUGGUCUAGACUAACUCCCUUUGUCAUUAAUAUGAACUAUAUAAAUAAAUAUUGAUUGGUUGGUUGAUUGAAUACUUUUUUUUUUUUUUUGGUUUCCCCACAUGAAUUUCAUCCAAACAAACAUUCUGAUCUGCAAAUAAUGCUUUAUAAAUGCUCACUUGAGAUGAUGCUUCAACUGGUCUCCGCUUAAUUCCCCUUUUAUUCUAGAUGUGGUGGCAUGUGUGGUCCCAGAGGAAUGUGAAAGGUACUGUGGGACCAGUGUGGGUUGCACCAACAUUGCUUAUCCCAGGCUGGUGGUGAAUCUGAUGCCAGACGGUGGGUGUCCUUGUCUUACCAGCUAAGAUCACAGCCUUUUGUUCAAAUUAUCCACCCGGGUUUUCAGUCCGUUUUUCUAAUCUUUUUAGGUUUGAGAGGCCUGAUGCUGUCAGUGAUGUUAGCCUCCCUGAUGAGUUCACUCACAUCCAUCUUUAACAGCGCCAGCACCCUCUUCACCAUGGACCUCUACACCAAAAUGCGUCCCAGAGCCAAAGAGAGGGAGCUUAUGCUCGCUGGCAGGUACGACUCCUUUUAGAUUCAUUUUGACGCCACUGGUGGUGAUGACAUGCAUGUGCCUGACUUCAACUGCCUCCACAUGUGUGUGUUCGCCUGUGUGUAGAGUGUUUAUCUUGGGACUGAUUGGUGUGAGCAUAGCAUGGAUCCCUGUGGUGCAGAACGCCCAGAGUGGGCAGCUCUUUGACUACAUUCAGUCCAUCACCAGCUACCUCACACCGCCCAUCGCAGCUGUGUUCGUGCUCGCCAUCUUCUGCAAACGUGUCAAUGAAUCCGUGAGUUUUUACUUCAACUGUUGUUUCAUUUCCACACCUCUCUUCUUAGUAAAUUCAGAUUAUCUUCUUUAUAAAAAGGUUUGGAGAGUGUAUCGGUACAAGAUGUUUUGAGCUUGGGGCUAAAAUAAUCAACAACAUGAAAUCAGUAGCUUUUGAGUCUGCAUCCAGCACAGUGAACUACCUCACCAAGAUGUGAACCACCUUCAUAGUGCUGUAAACCCAGAGAUAACCCCGAAGCUACCUGGCUCACCUUAACCCCUGCUUUGUUAUGUGGACUCAAAUGCUACCUGGCUGUUACAUAUAUCUUAAGUAACUACGGGCCAAAGGUCUUCAGUAACAUCUCUUUGUUUACAGCUUUUCAUGUCAUGAAGUAGUUAGAUAACAUUCACAUGUUUAAUGGGAUCGGAUUUAAAUAUUGAGCCCAAGAUGAUGCUGCUUUUUCCUCUUGGUUGUCGCAUUACGAAGCCAAAACAUUAAGACUGAUACAUGUCAUCAAAUGGCUGAUGUUCUUCCUUCAUAAACAUGUGCUUUCUGCUUUCUUGUUAAUUAUUUUCCUGCUAACGACGCCAUCUUUAUUUCAUAUCUCAAUCACUCAACAGUUGUCUGCUCAAUACUCUUUCAUGUAAUCUUAUCCAACGGCUAUUACAGAUAAGGAGAGUAACAUCUAAAAAAACUUUAUGACCAUAAUUAAAAGACUAGAUACAGACGUCUUCAAAUCUAUGAAUGUAGCAUUUUGAAAAUGAGACAUUCAUGGUUCACAGAUAGAAAGAUUACCCGACUCUUCUUCCACUACCAUAAAGAGGCUGGCUUUUGUGGGUUUUAAUGUUAUGUCUCAAUUAUGAUCAGAUGUAUUGUGGAACGAAUGGCAUACCCAGUAGCCUCAGCUUUGAUCGUUGAUGAUUCAAGUUUCCUCACAUUGCUAAAAUGGAGAUCAAAGUAGGUUUACAUAUAUUGAAAAUUAGCAUAAUGGCGAUGCAAUGAUCUGCUAACUAAGAUUUAGAGUCCACUGCUUACUGUGAACUCUUACUUGGUUUAAACUGACUGUAUUUUUCUUCUGUUUACCGACCUCAGGGAGCCUUUUGGGGACUACUGAUUGGCCUUGGUAUCGGCCUGUCCAGGAUGAUUGCUGAGUUUAUUUAUGGCACGGGCAGCUGUUCAGAACCCAGUGAAUGUCCCACCAUCAUAUGUGGAGUCCACUACCUCUACUUCUCCAUCAUCCUGUUUACUGUCUCCUGUAUCAUCAUCCUGGGAAUCUCUCUCCUGACCAAACCCAUCGAUGACAAGCAUGUCCGUGAAAUAAUGACCACUAACUCGAGAAAACUUCAAAAAUACUGUAUGUUCUUACAUGUUUAUGUUUUAAUCUAGUUGUAUCGGCUGUGCUGGAGUCUCAGGAACGUAACGGAGGAGAGGGAGGACCUUGAAAAAGAUGACUGGGUUGAAAAUCAAGGUUCAGAUGAUAUGGAAAUAGAAGGUAAGACACACAGUUCACACAUUCAGUGUAGAGUAUACACUCACCGGCCACUUUAUUAGGUACACCUGUCCAACUGCUCGUUAACACUUAAUUUCUAAUCAGCCAAUCACAUGGCGGCAACUUAGUGCAUUUAGGCAUGUAGACAUGGUCAAGACAAUCUCCUGCAGUUCAAACCGAGCAUCAGUAUGGGGAAGAAAGGUGAUUUGAGUGACUUUGAACGUGGCAUGGUUGUUGGUGCCAGAAGGGCUGGUCUGAGUAUUUCAGAAACUGCUGAUCUACUGGGAUUUUCAAGCACAACCAUCUCUAGGGUUUACAGAGAAUGGUCCGAAAAAGAAAAAAUAUCCAGUGAGCGGCAGUUCUGUGGGCGGAAAUGCCUUGUUGAUGCCAGAGGUCAGAGGAGAAUGGCCAGACUGGUUCGAGCUGAUAGAAAGGCAACAGUGACUCAAAUAACCACCCGUUACAACCAAGGUAGGCAGAAGAGCAUCUCUGAACGCACAGUACGUCGAACUUUGAGGCAGAUGGGCUACAGCAGCAGAAGACCACACCGGGUGCCACUCCUUUCAGCUAAGAACAGGAAACUGAGGCUACAAUUUGCACAAGCUCAUCGAAAUUGGACAAUAGAAGAUUGGAAAAACGUUGCCUGGUCUGAUGAGUCUCGAUUUCUGCUGCGACAUUCGGAUGGUAGGGUCAGAAUUUGGCGUCAACAACAUGAAAGCAUGGAUCCAUCCUGCCUUGUAUCAACGGUUCAGGCUGGUGGUGGUGGUGUCAUGGUGUGGGGAAUAUUUUCUUGGCCCUCUUUGGGCCCCUUGGUACCAAUUGAGCAUCGUUGCAACGCCACAGCCUACCUGAGUAUUGUUGCUGACCAUGUCCAUCCCUUUAUGACCACAAUGUACCAGACUUCUGAUGGCUACUUUCAGCAGGAUAAUGCGCCAUGUCAUAAAGCUGGAAUCAUCUCAGACUGGUUUCUUGAACAUGACAAUGAGUUCACUGUACUCAAAUGGCCUCCACAGUCACCAGAUCUCAAUCCAAUAGAGCAUCUUUGGGAUGUGGUGGAACGGGAGAUUCGCAUCAUGGAUGUGCAGCCGACAAAUCUGCGGCAACUGUGUGAUGCCAUCAUGUCAAUAUGGACCAAGCUCUCUGAGGAAUGCUUCCAGCACCUUGUUGAAUCUAUGCCACGAAGAAUUGAGGCAGUUCUGAAGGCAAAAGGGGGUCCAACCCGUUACUAGCAUGGUGUACCUAAUAAAGUGGCCGGUGAGUGUACAUGCUUCUAUAGAAACAGAUUUCCCUCACUGCCUGUGAUUCUUUCCUCACAGAACCAGAAGAGGAGCCUUCCAUCUUCAAAAAGGCAGUGAUGUGUUUCUGCGGCCUGGACCAGAAAAAGGGCCCCAAGCUGAGCGAAGAGGAGCAAGCGGAGCUGCAAAAGAAGCUUACAGACACCUCGGAGGUGCCACUUUGGAGAAACAUAGUCAACGCCAAUGCCAUUAUCCUUCUUUGUGUGGCCGUUUUCUGCCAUGGCUUCUUUGCUUAACUGACCCAAAUCACUGUCAGAUACUGUAACUUAUAUGUAAGUAAGAGGAUUUUAUAUAACUGUAAAUUAUACCCUCAAACUUUCAACAACAAUUGAGUAAAAUUUGAUCUUAAAAUGUUGUUGCACUGUAUCAUUAUAACCACAUAGCUUCUGAACUCCUACAGGAGACAAAUAUACUAUGCACAGGUAAGACACGUGCAUACCUGUCCUAAAUCUAAUGUAACUCUCUAUGUCCGAGGUGUUGUUGACAAUUUUGGGGAGUGAUUGAUAUUGGUUGCUGUACUGAAAAACCUGAAGUCUUAUUGUAAUUUAUUAUCAGAUAGCAUAAUUUGAACCUGUUUAUUCCUUCAUCUUUGUGCCACACAUUACCCAUACCAGCGUAAAGCUGUUGGUCUUCCAUCGUUACCUGCGAACUUCAUUUCUUGUCUUUACUGUUGCUUAUGUGACAGAAAGACGACAAGCGUGACUGCUUUCAUGAGACCAGCCAAUUAAUUUUAUUAGACCAGCUAAUUAAUUUCAUGAGACUCGCUGAUUAAUCACUGAACACGAGACAACCCUUAGAGAUAAUUGAGAAACAUAACUCAUACGAGUGUCAGAGGAGAAGAUAAAAGAUUUUAAAGUUUACCAUAAUUACCAUACUUGCUACCUCAUUCUACCUGAGCACUGCUUGUCUCAUAAUGUGUGCUCAAAGUCCAUGGGAGCUGUCAUUCCUUAAAUCUCUGCACCUUACUGUAUGUUGUUUUAGGUGUUAAUGAAUAAAAACAUCUCAGGGACGAAUGGCUGUGAAUGUCACAGAGCACUGUCUGACUCUUUUUUUAUUCCUGCAGAAAAUACAAUGCUGGUUCUCUCCUUAUUUUACUGCACAAAUGCUGUUUUCUGAUACUCUGCUCUCCUGUGGCUUAAUUACAUUUUGUUUUGUUCCUGGUUAAUAAAUUCUAAGUGGCAAAUAUGA